AUGGCUGUGGCACCCCGGGCCCUGGCACCUCUCCUGCCCCUGGUGCUGGCUCUGCUCAGCCUGGCCCCGGCGCCCGCCUCAGCAGGAUGCCCGUCGGCUUGCCGGUGCUCUUUUGCCAUGGUGCAGUGCCUGGAGUCCGAUGGCAUCACCAGCGUCCCGACUCUGGCGAAGCAGGAGAGCGAGAACGUGACGGAGAUUUACGUAGAAAACCAAGCAGGCCUGGUGAAUCUCACAGACUUCGAUCUUGUUCACUACAAAGAGCUGAAGAACCUCACCGUCACGUCAUGUCGGCUCAGGUUCAUCUCGGCCAACGCCUUCCAAAAAAACGUCAAGCUCCAGUAUGUGAACCUGGCGUCAAACUCUCUGGAGCACAUCUCCUGGAGGGUGUUUCAUUUUCUACCUUUGCUCAACCUGGUCUUGAGGGACAACCCUCUGCUGUGCUCAUGUGAUCUCUACUGGCUGCAGGAGUGGCAGCGGAGCGACCGCGGCGACGUGGACAACCAGUGGUUGUCUUGCUUCUCUGACGAACAGGAAGUGGCCCUCAACUCUCUGGUGAUAAACAACUGCAGUUUGCCGGUGGUGUACAUCGACUCCCCCGGAGAAAAGACUCAAGAAGGAGGCAACCUGACGUUUGUGUGUCACGUGACAGGAAAUCCAACUCCCAACGUCAGGUGGCGAACAGACAAGCUCAAAUCUCCCUUUGAAACCCAGGAGAUCAUCUCGGGCUCCUCGCUGGAGCUGGUCCUUCUCCUCAGCAACGUGUCCUCCGGUGACAACCUGCACAAUCUCACCUGCGAGGCCGACAACCGAGCCGGGCCCAGGGAGGAGAUGGUGACACUGGACAUUGAGUUUCCAGUCAAAAUCGUCUUCCUGAAAAACGCCGUGCAGCAGCAUUUCUGGUGUUUCCCCUUCGCCGUGGACGGGAACCCGGAGCCGAGCUUCUCCUGGCUCUACAACGACGAGGAGCUGAUAGAGAACCGGUUCCAGUACACCCAGAUCAUCCCGGACUCGCUGGACGGGUCGGAGAAACACGGCUGCCUCUUCCUCAACAAGCCCACCCACAUGAACAAUGGAAACUACACCCUGAUCGUGCAGAACAAACUGGGAAGGGACAGCGCCACCGCCAUCGGGAAUUUUAUGGAAAACCCUUUUGACGAGGCGGAUCCUGAGGGCUCCUUUCCCGUCCUUAAUCCGGCUCCAACCAACAUGGACGUCACAGAGAACCCAGAGAGUCGGGUGUUCGUGGUUUCUGUGGCCGUGGGUCUCGCCGUGUUCGCCUGCACUUUUCUUCUCAUCAUGGUCUCGGUGAUUAACAAGUGUGGCCAGAACUCCAAGUUUGGCAUUCACAGGUCGUCUGUCCUGGGGGCCGAGGACGACCUGGCCGUCUCGCUGCGUUUCAUGAACUUCGGCACCAGCCCGCCUUCCUCUGAUGAAGACUCGGGUUUGUCCAGCUUCGUCGAGAAUCCGCAGUACUUCUGCGGAAUCAUCAAGGACAAAGACAUGUGUGUGCAGAACAUUAAACGGCAGGACAUUACGCUGAAGUGGGAGCUCGGCGAGGGAGCGUUUGGUAAAGUGUACCUAGCAGAGUGCGCACACCUGAGUCCCGACAGCGACAAGAUGCUGGUCGCCAUCAAGACGCUGAAGGACGCCAACGAGUCGACCCGGCAGGACUUCCAGAGGGAGGCGGAGCUGCUGACGGUGCUCCAGCACCAGCACAUCGUGCGCUUCUAUGGCGUGUGUACGGACGGAGAGCCGCUGGCCAUGGUGUUCGAGUACAUGAGGCACGGAGACCUCAACCGCUUCCUUAGAGCUCACGGCCCGGACGCUCGGAUCCUGGAGGAGACCAAGAUGCCUCCGCUGGGUCAGCUCACUCUGCCUCAGAUGCUGCAGAUCGCGGCGCAGAUCGCCUCGGGCAUGGUCUACCUGGCGUCGCUGCACUUCGUCCACCGCGACCUGGCGACCCGCAACUGCCUGGUGGGAGAGGGCCUGGUGGUCAAGAUCGGAGACUUCGGGAUGUCCCGAGACAUCUACAGCACAGACUACUACCGGGUGGGUGGACGCACCAUGCUGCCGAUCCGCUGGAUGCCCCCGGAGAGCAUCAUGUACAGGAAGUUCACCACGGAGAGCGACAUCUGGAGCUUCGGCGUGGUCCUGUGGGAGAUCUUCACCUACGGCAAACAGCCCUGGUACCAGCUGUCCAACAGUGAGGCCAUCGAAUGCAUCACACAGGGACGGGAGCUGGAGAGGCCCCGCACUUGCCCCAAGGAGGUGUACAUGCUGAUGCAGGGCUGCUGGCAGCGAGAGCCCCAGCAGAGGAUGGUCAUCAAGGACAUCCACAGCCGGCUGCUGGCCCUGGUCAAGAACCCGCCGGUGUACCUGGACAUCCUGGGAUAG